AAAUUAUUCAGCGAUUACGACGUCAAACUGUGGUCCCAGGACAUUCACACGGACUGUAACAUAAACAGUUAAUGUUAAUAUAAAUAUAAGAGAAUUAAUAAUGUUAAUAUAAGAGAAUUAUAAAUUAUUAAGCUCUUAAUGCCUGAAAGAAAACGUCCACCCACUAUCCACUCUCUUUCAUGUCGAUGGUCAUUGUUACUCGCUGAUAUUUCAAAUGCUACAAGAUCAGUCCAAGUACAGAUUUUAGUUAAUGUUCUCUCGCGCACUAUUUAGAUGUACUUUUAAAGAAGUGUUUCUCAGAAGACUACACACACGUGGAUUAACCAAAACUCGCUCCAAAGUUCCUCCUACAGAUAAACUGACUCCUCUUACAGAUACCGAGAGCUCGCCACUGCAUCAGACAGCUUUCAAGAAACUCACACGAACAUCUACAACCACUUCACUAAAGAAGCCAGCAUGAAGAAACUGCUUGUGGACGUGGACUGUGGUGUGGAUGAUGCUCAGGCUCUCAUGAUGGCUUUGGCAGCGCCGGACGUGCAGAUCCUGGGCAUCACUUGCGUUCAGGGCAACACUUCAGUAGAAAAUGUCUGCAAGAAUGUCCUGCGUGUCCUGAAAGUGUGUAAGCAUCUGGAGAUUCCUGUAUUUCGUGGAGCAUCUAAAGCACUCUUGGGGCAAACCGUCGGUGCUGGAGAUUUUCACGGCAAAGAUGGACUCGGGGACGCCCCAGAACCUGAAGCUCCUGGUCUGGAACUUGUCCAGAAAGAGAUCGCUGCGUCAGCCAUGAUCCGAAUAGUCAAUGCGAAUCCUGGAGAGGUGUCUUUAGUGGCCACGGCUCCGCUGACAAAUGUGGCUUUGGCGGUGAAACUGGACCCCUCAUUUCCCCAGAAACUCAAAGGCCUUUACAUUAUGGGUGGCAAUACAGACUCUCGUGGGAACACUACUGUGUGUGGAGAGUACAACUUUGCAGCUGAUCCUGAAGCAGCUUAUAUUGUCCUGAAUGAAUUCAUUUGCCCAAUUUAUAUUGCAACCUGGGAGUUCACCUGUCGCAGUAAAUUACCCUGGGAGUUCUGUGAUGGUUGGCUGGCCCAGGACACAGAUAAAGCUCGCUUUAUGAAGCGGAUAUUUAAGCACAGCAUGGAGUCCACCUACAGCGAGAGGAUUGAGAAGGAGCUGGUGGAUGGGCAGGGAUUCAUCUCCUGUGACUCUUAUGCCAUGGCAGCGGCCAUAGAUGAUACAUUUAUUAUUGAAAACGAACACAAAGCGGUCACUGUGGAGCUUGCAGGAAACUGCUGCCGGGGAAUGAUGGUUGUAGAUCACCUCGAACUUCUGAAGAAGACUCACAAAGCCCACAUAUUGAAGAAGGUCGACUUGGAGAAGUUUAAAGUGCUCAUGAUGAAUGCUUUGAAAUAAAUGUUCAUUAGCAGCCAUGUCCAUAAUUGCA